UAGGCAGUAGCAGGAAGGCGUGAGCUCAUAGGGGAAACCGCUCAGAUCGGCUGGCUAUUUGGAGGUAGCGGACUGUCAUGGACAGGACGGCCGUGGUGAAGGUCGGAGCUGCGGCCAGCGCAAGUGUCUGUGCGGUAGUCGGUGGAGUGGCGCUGGCCCAGUAUAUCGUAGCCAAGAAGAAGCGGGCCGGGAAGAAAACGAGGAUAAUAGAGAUGAUGCCUCAGUUUGAGAAGCCGACGGUCCACAUGAGGAACCCUGAGAGGGUUGAACAGAUCAUCUGCGGCCUCAUCAAAGGAGGAGCUUCCAAACUGCAGAUUAUCACAGACUUUGACAUGACGUUGAGCAAAUUUUCUGUGAAUGGAAAACGCUGUCCGACAUGCCACAAUAUCAUUGAUAACUGCAAACUGGUAACAGAAGAUUGCAGGCAGAAACUGCUGCAGCUGAGGAAUAAAUAUUAUCCGAUUGAGAUCGACCCUCAGCUAACCAUGGAGGAGAAAUAUCCAUUUAUGGUGGAGUGGUAUUUUAAGUCCCACACGCUCCUGGUGGAGCAGCGUCUGGAGAAGGACAAGCUGCCAGAGGUGGUGAGGGACUCCGAUGUUGCCCUCAGAGAAGGCUUUGAGCAGUUCUUUGACCGCCUCCAGCAUCACAGCGUGCCCGUUUUCAUUUUCUCCGCCGGCCUGGGGGACGUCCUUGAGGAAAUCCUCCAUCAAGCUGGAGUUUAUCACCCCAACGUCAAAGUGGUUUCAAACUUCAUGGACUUUGAUGAAAAUGGCGUUCUGAGGGGGUUCAAAGGCGAGCUGAUCCACGUGUACAACAAACACGAUGGCGCCCUGCGGAACACCGAGUACUUCAAGCAGCUGAAGGAGAACUCCAACAUCAUCCUGCUGGGGGAUUCCAUGGGAGACCUCAGCAUGGCCGACGGCGUUCCCAACGUAGAGAACAUUCUCAAGAUAGGAUUUCUCAAUGACAAGGUAGAGGAGCGGCUGGACAAAUACCUGGACUCUUAUGAUAUAGUUCUUGUAAAAGACGAGACUCUGGAAGUGCCCAACGCUAUUCUCCAGAAGGUUCUAUAACUCCACCGAACCACAUCUCAAGCAGAUCCCUUCUUUUCUUCUCUGCAUCGUGUCAGGACAUUUAACCUUGCCACUCUCUUCGGAUAUAACCAGCAUUAUGUUCUCAGCACCAAGUCCUUACCACACAGGCUUUAGAUCUCCUAUAUAAACUAUUUUAAAAGUCAUCACUGCACCAACUGCUUGUCUUUACUGCUUUCAUCAAUUUAUCAUGUUUGUUUCUGUGGUAAUUUUCUAAAAAAAGAAGAGUGAGCUUUAAAAACAUCACAAUCUAUCCUUGUUUUUAAGUUUGCACAAUACUAAUGUAUUUUUUAAUUAAUGGUAAAACACAGAUGCCCUUUAAAGGACAUUCAAUAGUAGUUGUAUCCCAGCAUGCCUUUCACCACAGUUUUAAAAUCAUGUGACAUAGUUGCUGCAAAACCAUCUAGUCAGUGUUUCAAAAUUCUAACAUUAUGAGAAGAAACUGCACAAAAUCGGAAAAAAGCAGCAUUUCUAAAAAUAAUACAGCAAUUCCUUUUAUAAAGGAUUUGAAAAAAAGUAUUUUAAAGAAGGACUUGCCUUUAUUCAAAUGCAAGAUUCUAUCAACAUUACUGCGAAAGAUUAUUUCUUUUCUUUCAUUUUUUGUUGAAGAAAAGAGUCACCUGAAUGGGAAAAUCUGAACACAUGUUGCAUGUGUUUGCUUUGGUGGUUUUCAUCAGUUUCUUGCACACAGAAAAGCCAUGUUUACAGAAUGAUUUUUUUUUGUUACCCCUAAUGUGUUUAUUUGAUGCCUGUUUUACAGAUAAUCGUUGGUUUGUCUAGAUAUAAGAUAGAUUCUUAUUUAUCUUUCUGUGGCAUUUUAGUCUUCAAAUCGUGCUUAUGCUGACCUCUAGUGGUCAUGAGGGGAGAUUACAGUCGGUAAAUGCAGACCAAGAGAAUCGCACAACACUAUGUUCUCACUUAGAAAACAAACAAAAAAAACUGUUAAAUGUUUAAGCUGAGCACUACCUCAAAAAAGUCAUUUUUCAGUAGAUUUUAAGUUCAAAUGUCUGUUUAGUUUGACGUGGUGUUGAAUGUUUCCCUCAGGCUUGUAUAUGUGCUGCUAUCACCUGCAUGUUGCCUUUAUUGUGUAAAGUGAGAGAUGUGUGAGACAAAAAAAAGUUAUUUCUGUCAAAUGCAGUCAAAUGUAAAACUGUAACUGUGGGGUUUAUGGACAUUCAUGUCGUUUUACUGCAUCUGAGUUAUCAGGUUUUGAUGAGUGUGUUUUAUUUUUUAUAAACAAAAUGAAUUUGAUGGCUUGGAAAAACGAACAUGCAAUAAAAAUGUAUUUUGUGAGGUCA